UGAUUGUUUGUCGUAUGCAGUGAAUCAACGCCAUUUUGUCCUGUUCUUACUGUUGUCGCUGCUCUUACCGUUCUUAGCGUUCUUAGCGUUCUUACUUAUACGCUUCCUGUGGCCAUUAAUACUCUUGUGCGGUGUUAGGUCCCCCAAGAGCCACAAUUAUUCCAGGAUUACCGUCACCUCCGUGUGUCAAGAGCUUCCUAUCAACACCAGUCUUCUUCUGCCCUGAAACGGCGUGUGGUCAUUAUCUAUCACAUAUUCGCUGCUGCUUCCCCUCCCUCGAUCGCCGUUCACUAUCGCUCUAAUCUCUCUAUCCCACCCUGCUCUGUCCCUCCUCUCCUUGCUUCCUCGACAAGCCUGCCAUACUCUCAAUGUCCACCCAACCACCACUGCGACGUCGAUUCUUGCCGAUUCCCAUAGAGACGACAUUCAAGUCCCACCAGCAGCUCACAAUCGAUUCAAUUGAUCCGAGUACCCACGACACCGAGCCGGCGGGCGAAGAUUCCAAUCCCACUAUCCGCGUGCAGCUAGAUGAGCCACCGAAACCUCGAUUCCUACCUCAACCCAUCGAGACCACCCGACGCAGCAACCGUGCAACAGCGGUGAAGCCAGCGCAAGAUAACCCCAUUACGACCACUCAAGAUGUUCCAGCCGCUGUAGUAGAGUCUCCACCGCGGAGGAGACCUCGAUUUCCCCCCCAACUCAUCGAAACCACAAGGCGGUCAAAGCGAGCCAACGAUGUCCACCACACACCACCAGAGAGGACAGACGUCACGCCGGGGACGAACCAUACAUACCAGUCAGGAGGGAGAUCCAGGACGAAGCCAGACCAGCACCUAUUAUCGCCACACGACAUCCGAGCCAGCAGUUUACCACCGCCUCUCCGCCCUUAUCGACAGGGGUCGAUGAGACCGCACCCCAACACACGUCGGGGCACGCGAUACAAUUCAUACCACCCGGAAAUAGGCCCGCCGCUCUCAGACUCGAAUUCCUACACCACGGAAGACGAGGCCGAUAACGCGGAGAGCACACCCUCGCUGACCGAGUCGUUCGGGUCCUCGGAGGAUUCAAACCGCCUACAGAUGGCCCGCACGAGGGAGAGCUGCGAUGAGAAUUACACGGGCUAUCUACUGACGCUCGCGGCGGAGCAGGCCGAGGAACAAUUACGGGAGAGGCAGCUGCGCGAGCAGGAGUUGGUGGCUUACGUGAAUAGCGACUUCCACGAUCCCGUCUCGCAUUUCUACGACCUCGAGAGCGAGGUGGGGUCGGAUGAGGAUAGUGGCCCAAUACUAUUACCGCAUGAGAAGGUGGCGCGGAAGAAAUCUACGGUUUCCGGGUUUACGGCGGCAGAGCUCCAGCAGCAUGAGGAGUCGCAGGCGCGGAUGCGGGCCGAGGAGACGUUUAGGAUGCUUGCGGAAGAGGCAGCCAAGCCCUCCUUCCACGACCCUUUCUGGACAAAUGGCAUCAACGAUAAGGGCGUCCUUGCCAUUGAACCGAAAGACAAAGAGCUGAAAGUCAUGCGCGAGGCUGCCAGCCCGCCCAUGUUAGGAGAAGACCUCCUAUUCCGGAUGUGCCCCUCCCCUAAAUUCACAAGAUUUGAAACCGACCAACGCAUCGAGCCCCCCCCACUCCAGAAAGACGAUGGCGGCGGUCUCUGGGGCGGCUACUGCGUCGCCGAAAACGCAAGCCAAUGCAUCGCCCCUCACCACCGCCACCCCGCCCUCCUCGAGACGCCCGACAACGAGCGCGACGACCCCUUCAACGCACUGAACCUCAACGACGGUGCUGGGGCGGCGCCCAAACACCACCAAUGUACUCCCAGUCGCGGGAUGCGCAUGCUCAGCGGUCUCGACGAGCGGCUCAAGGGCGAAGUCGCAAAGGCUAAGCUCGAAGACGCCAUCUGCGUCGAGUUCAACGACACCUUCGUCACGCAGGUGUACAACUACCUCUCCCUCGGCUACCCGAUGCUAGCGCGCGAGUACGACGACGAGCUCGCGCAUAUCUCGCAUAUCCCCUCGUCCCAGCUGCGCGUCGACGACGACGUCAAGGCGCCGGUGGGGAAUGUGGGGAUUAAGCCCGGCACGGGACUCACGGAUGCCACCGGGGCGGUGGGCGUUGGGACCCCGAGGUGGAUGGCUCUGAAGAGGUAUAUCCAUGAGUGGGCGCGUCAGCACCCGAAUCUGUCGACGAACUCGGGGGAGCCGAUUGCGUGGGGCGUGAGGGCGAGGAGGGGGAGCUGGGCUAUCUAAUGUUGAUGGGUGGCUGGUUGAUUGCCCUGGCGGGGCGGGGCUCACAUGAGCAGAGCGUAUGGGGAAGCGUACGUACGUGUGUGUAGAUUUUGCGAACGACGACAAAUUGAACAAUGGCGUUGAGUGAGCGAGCGAGCGAUGCCAGGUUGGUUUUUUGUUAUGUUCAGAGUCUGUCUGGGCAGCGGAGGCGUUUUGGUGCGCGUUUCAGCGGGCUUGGGGUUUUUUCAGAGCGGGUGAGUUGUUUAUUUGGGAGACCCUAGACCCUCUCUCUUGGUGGGGGGAGGAUUGAGCGUCUGCAUGGUCUGCGUCGAUUGAGAUGGGUAGACCUUGGUCUUCAUAUCCAUGUAUUGCCCCAGCUAGAGUAGACAGUCUCCGUCGAGAUGAGCUGGCUCUUAUGGGGAGUAGAUAGGAGGCUUGGAUACCCCCGGGUGAGGCUCGGCGGGAUAUUGGGUUGCACGAUGGGCAGCGUUGCAUCACGGAGGCAGGCCAACCAGUCAGUCAGUUGGCCACAACCUCUCAGCCUCUACUACGAGUUUACGUGGGGAGAGAAGAGGCACGCGAUGCAGAUUGAUAGCUAGUUCUGCACCGCGCGCGCUGCGCCUCUGAAUGGAUGGAAAGCGGGGCGGGGGGAUCUGUAUAUAUUUAUAAUAGACAAAGGGCCAUUUUUAUCACCUUCUGGUUUUGAUGGUGGUUCGUGGUGUGGAUACGAAUCUUGGCCUCCUGUCCUGUUUGUCUGUUUCUGUCUUGAUAAUGGUAUUGCCCUGCCCUUUCUUCAAUGUACACUCUCAUCACACUGAUAUCAUACUAAACACAUCACCACCAUCCCAACGCCGACAUCGCCCUGACAUCCCAGUCUUCCGCAUCACCUCGCACCAGCACCCCCGGCCAGCGAGCACCUCGCCAACCACCCCAGCCAUCGACCACACAGCAGACAGGCGAUGCGAUCACGUUUCACCAAGCACGGAGUGCGUGUUAGUGUGUAAGCCGGCGGUGAGAUAUUCCAGUGCCGCGAGCGAACAGGAAUCUAUUCCCGACGACUCACGGGGGACACGGUAGGCCUGGGAUAUGGGAUGGGAUGUGUGUGCUUUACUUACUACCGAC